AUGACGAUCACAGAACCCCGCACCAGAACUCUCGAGUUGGCUGAUCCAGCUUUACUUGAGAAGAUUGACAAACUUUUCGCCUGCAACGUGGGGGAGUAUGUCAGUCUUCCACAGCUCGUUGUCGUUGGAGACCAGUCCAGCGGUAAGAGUUCGGUCCUCGAGGGUCUGACCAAGUUAAACUUCCCCCGAGAUAGUGGCUUGUGCACGAGAUUUGCCACGCAAAUUAUCUUCCGACGUGAUAGCAACUUGGUUGAACGGGAGAUAUCUGCGUCUAUAAUCCCUGCAUCAGGUUCAACUCCAGAGGAGGACCAGAAGCUGCGGGGCUGGACGGCCUCUGCCCUUCAGUCACUGAAUUCUGAGGACUUCAGCCAUACGAUGAAAGAGGUUCACGGGGUUAUGAACCUUUCUUCCUCUCAUGGAGACAAAAAGCCUACCUUUUCCAACAGUGUCCUACAGCUCGAGAUUCGUGGUCCAAACGAGAGUCACCUCAGCGUUAUCGACGUCCCUGGAAUUUUCAAGAAUACAACGCUGGAUAGAACAACGAAGAGUGACAUUGUGCUGGUUAGGAACAUGGUCCUUCGAUACAUGCAGAACCAACGAUCCAUCAUGUUAGCUGUGGUUCCAGCAAACGUGGAUAUUGCCACCCAGGAAAUCAUUGAGAUGGCCAGGGAGAUUGACCCUGAAGGAGGAAGAACCUUGCGGAUCCUCACCAAACCUGACCUGGUUGACAAAGGCGCCGAGCACAACGUGAUUCGGUUAAUACAUGAUGGAAACUUGAACGGGCAGCUGGGAUGGAUCCUUGUUCGGAAUCUCAGCCAAAAGCAGCUUCAAGCUAGUGAUGCGGACCGCGACACAGAAGAAAUGACAUUCUAUCAAAAUGCGCCUUGGAAUCGCGUCCCGCCCGACAAUUACGGGAUUUCGGCGUUAAUGGCUCGCCUCCAAGAGCUCCUCACGUUAAACGUCCGCCGAGAGUUUCCAUCGGUGCGGUCCGAAGUGAUCAGAAGACUCAAAGGCUCGAAAAGCCUAUUGCAAUCCCUGGGAGUCCCGCGAGAAACAACAGAGCAGCAGAGGCGGAUCCUUCUAGAUGUUGUGUCUGCUUUUCAAGAGAUUACACAGCACGCACUUGCCACAAAUUAUGGAGUCAAUGAUGCGUUCGAUGAAGACAAAGAUUUACGACUGGCCACGCUGGUUUCAUUGAGAAAUGAUGUCUUCUCACACGAUAUCGCCCAUUGCGGCCACACCUACACUUUCCGGUCGAAGUCAGAGGAGACAGACAAUAGUGUCGAUGAUCGUGAAGAAAGAUGCAAUAACCUGACUGAUACUGAAAACCCACAAAGCAUCAUGCCGAGCCGGAAAAGCUGGGACCCAACCCGGAGCACUUCGGUAGAGGACCUUGACGAUAUUCUACAUGUUUCGGAACCUGUGGAGCCCUCCAUCAAAGGGGGCAUCCUCCCUUGGAUUGAACGUGUUUACUCCAAUUCUCGGGGCUUUGAGAUUGGUACAUUCAACCAUACUUUGCUCUCUACCUUGAUGAAGAAGCAGUCAAUCAAAUGGUCAGUCCUUGCGUCGGGCUACAUUAGUGACAUCAUCAGCGUUGUGCAUGCAUUCAUACGCAAUGCACUGGAGGUUGUGUCUAAAGACACAGAGAUGUCCUCGAAGAUAAUGUCCCUGUUGAUGGAUGAUCUGGUUGAAAAGUACAAACACGCCAUGUCAACUGUCGAGUUUCUUUUGAGAAUUGAACGGGAAGGCACUCCGAUUACCCUCAACCAUUACUUCAAUGACAACCUCCAAAAAUGUCGACAAAAGCGACUAUAUUCGACUGUGGCCAAAAAGUCUUUCGAUGAUUGUAAACACGGAGAGGUCAUCCGACUAAGUGACCUUGCUCAGCAACACCACAUGAGCAAUGUUGACCAUACCGUCCGAGAUAUUCAUGACAUUCUGGAUUCAUAUUACAAGGUGGCUCGCAAGAGGUUCGUUGACAAUGUAUGUAUGCAAGCAGCCGAUCACUAUCUGGUCACUGGGCCCGAGGCCCCUAUGAAGCUGUUCUCACCGUCAUGGGUCAACGACCUAUCCGACGAGAGGCUGGAGGAGUUUGUUGGAGAAGGACGAGCCUCGAAGCGCAGACGACGACAGCUGCAAAAGGAGGUUGAGGAAUUGGAGGCUGGAAAGGCGGUUCUACUGAAAUGA